AUGUAUCAUACUUACGGUCGAUCAAAAGCAUUAAUCGCACAACGUUUAAAAACUAUUCAAUGGCAACUUCAAGCAGCAUCACAAGCAUUACAACAUUUUGGUAAUCAACUAUCAUCUCAAUGUAUGUCAGAAAUGAAUCCUCCAUUUGAUUUUACAACAAUGUCAGCAAUGGUUACAGCUGUUGUACGUAAAGGUCAACAUAAAUUAAAACAACAAUUUGAAUGUAAUAAAAACAUGUUAAAAUUAGACUCAACAGAUCAUCGUCUAGUACAAAGUGUUUAUGAUUUCAAACCAAACCAACAACAAAUCCGUUCUAAUCGUAAUCUAUGGAAAGCAAUCAAUAAUAAAAAACAAAUUGAAAUAUUAAAACAUCGUAUUCAUUCAAAUCGUUUACCGGCAGCUUUCAAUCUUCUUGAUUAUUCUCUUGAUAAAAUUGGCAAAAUACUUAGCCGAUCAAAACAAUCUUCUACUAAUACUAAUGACAACAAGCAACAAACGAUAUUAUCUGCUCGUCGUUUGAAAAAAAAUUGA